AUGGGGGAAAUACAUCAUAGGACCAUUCGUGACAGGCACUGGAAAUGGCGAUUCCUGAUAGUAGCAAUGGAUUACUUCAGUAAAUGGGUGGAAUCCAAAGAUUUGGCCAGAAUCAGAGAUGUCGACAUAUUCACUUUCAUUUUCCAAAAUAUCAUUUGCAGGUUUGGCAUCCCCGCAGAAAUUGUUUCUGACAAUGGAAGGCAGCUACAAGGAAAAAUAUUGACAUGCUCUUUGACACCUUCAAGAUCAGAAAGAACAAAUCCGCUCCCAUUUACCCCCAGAGUAAUGGACAUACUUAAGCUAGUAACAAGACCAUCGCUCUCACCAUCAAGAAAACCUUGGACGAACACAAAGGAUGAUGGUAUGAGCAAUUGCACAGUACCCUGUGGUCAUACCGAACCACUCGAAGAUCUGCAACUGGAGAAUCCCCAUUCUUACUCACUUAUGGAGUCGAUGCAGUAA